AACUAACUGAAAUUAAAAGCGAUUUUGCACUUUAUUCAUUUGACUACGUAUAUGUUUAUUCCGUGCUGCUUCUUGGCGCCACUGUAAUGGGUCUGGUGGGCGCAUACAUGGCUGAAAACGCGUUUAAAGAAAUCCGCAUCAUGGUUGAGGGUCCAUUGGAACUAAGACUUGAAGAUUUCAAAAGUAACUAUUUGUUUCUGUAUCACAGCCUUAAUGCAGCGGAAAGGUCCUAUUUCCGUAGGACGGUAUGGGGUACAUUAAAUUGGAACCCUUCACUUUCUCCCUGGGACCCCAUCAAGUACCUAAACCAUAUGAGAAAAUUGAUUCACAACAUGACAGAGGCAAAUACGGACUUGUACAACAUGGUUAUCCCAUUCCUGAGAACUUUCGAUGAUUUCUUCAGCGAUCUAAAGAAAAAAAUGACGAUACAGAGAAACAUACAACCGUUUAUUAUGGCUUUUUGGGGAUUUCAAAUAUCCUUGCCUUGCAGCUUGUUGCUCUUCAGAUACUUAAGAAUGCGAGUUUACGGAUAUCGUCUACCAACAUGUAUGCUGCUGAUAUUUUCCUGGAUGGCUGCCGCUGUAUUUGCGCCGCUAGCAGUAGGCGUUAGUGACUUCUGCAUGGAUCCAACCUUCAACUUUUACCACAGAAGUCCGUUUCUUAAAGGCCUAAAAGACGAAGUAGUGAAGUACUACAUAUCGUGCAAGGGUGGAAAGGCCGUCGAUUUCUUAUAUUCUUGGGAAAUGGCAUUCUUGCAAAACAAAACAUUCGAACUCUAUUACUAUUGUAAUACUUCUCUUAUUUACUAUUCAAGAGGGCAUCGUCACAAUAUAUAUCGUGUAGACUACCGUCCAAACAUUGAAGCGAUGUGGGAAGACUUAACAAAUAUGAAAGACCAGUUCGCAAAAUUGAGAAUGUGCACCGAAACUAGACAAAUGUUUAGAAUAAUUACAAAAUUCUUAUGCGAUGACGGAUUAUUCGGCUUGACGAUGCAAGUGAUAGGCACUAUUGGAGGAGGAAUCCUCUUGACACUGGUGUUGAUGACGCUAUGCCAGAUAAGGUUUUUGAUGUACACCGUUCGUUAAAACUAUUAUACACAAAUAAGAAAGUAAUAAUAAAUAAGUGUCAACGUGAAGAGGAUUCUGAUGAGACAAAUGCUACUAUUACUACCACCACUGCUGUCACUACUACUUCUCCUUCUUCUACUACAUC